AGGAAGUGCUUUGUCGGGCAUUUCAAACUGUUAGAGUAGAGUGACAGAACUGCGAUUUCUGUCUUCACCAUGGUUUGCUGUGCUGCAUGGGGAUGCUCCAAUCGCUCAGAGAAAGGUGUGCGAAUGUAUGGCUUCCCCACUGACAUGGAGAGGAGAAAAAAAUGGUUGGCUCAAGUCAGCAGGAGCAAUCUAAAUAUAAAUAAAAAUUACAACAACAAAAAAAUCUGUGAGGCACAUUUUGAGGCAAACCAAUUUGUCAUGACAAAAAAAUUCAAGAGAAGGCUGAGACCAGAUGCUAUUCCCACCAUCUUUGUGCAUCGUCCUGUGGUCAAAAUGAGGAGGGCCCCUGCACCACGAUGCACCCCUAGACCUGUAAACAUACAGCACAUCGCUGCUGAUCACAGCUAUAGUAUUACAGUUUCAAAGGUUGAGGAAAUAAAGGAUGAGGACACUCAGAGAAGGGAAAGUGACAGUGAAGAAAUAGAGGACAUGGCUAGAGAGGAGAGACAGGGACAGGUGACACUACCCAGUCAGCCAGCAGCCAGUCAGCAUAAGGCAUCAGUAGAAGAUUUUAACAGAGCUAAGGAUCAGCUUGGCACCUUGAAGGAGGACCCUGGAAAUCUGGUCAAACUCAAGAUCUAUGCGCUCUUCAAACAGGCCACUCAGGGUCCCUGCAACACCCCUAAACCUGGCAUGCUUGACUUUGUGAAUAAAGCAAAAUGGGAUUCCUGGAAGAGUCUAGGGUCUGUGUCACAGGAAGAGGCCAGGCAGCAGUAUGUGGAGCUCAUCUCAUCUCUGGUUGGAGCUGAAACCCCUGCAGUGGCACCACAAACUUCUGGAGGCACAGAGAGCUUCCAGACCCUGCUGGUCAGCACAGAGAACAACAUCACCACCAUCCGCCUCAAUAGACCUGAGAAGAAAAAUGCCAUCACUGUGGAGAUGUACAAUGAGUUGAUUGAAGCUUUGGAUCUUGCUGGAAAAGAUGAUUCUGUCAUAACAGUGAUGACAGGCAAUGGAGAUUACUACUGCAGUGGCAAUGACCUGAACAACUUCACUAAGAUUCCUAAGGGGGGCGUAGAGGAGAUGGCUAAAAAAGCUGGGGAAUUACGGAGGAGGUAUGUGAAGGCGUACAUUGACUUCCCCAAACCUCUGAUUGCUGUAAUAAAUGGGCCGGCGGUGGGUGUGUCAGUUACGCUGUUGGGGCUUUUUGAUGUUGUUUAUGCCACAGAGAGGGCAACGUUUCACACACCUUUCAGUCAGUUGGGUCAGAGUCCAGACGGCUGCUCUUCAUAUCUGUUUCCUAAAAUAAUGGGUGCAGCAAAGGCCAGUGAGAUGCUGUUAUUUAAUAAGAAGCUGACGGCCGUACAGGCCUGUGAACUGGGGCUGGUGACUGAGGUCUUUCCUGAAAACACAUUUCAGUCUGAGGUGUGGACCAGACUAAAGGCCUACGCCAAACUGCCCAGAAACUCUCUGGCCCUGUCAAAGCAGCUGAUCCGCGGGUUGGAGAAAGAGAAUCUUCACGCAGUGAACGAUGCAGAGGUGGAGAGACUGGUGGAGUGCUGGCUCUCAGACGAGUGUAUGCAGGCCAUCAUGAGCUUCUUCCAGGCCAAGUCCAAACUAUGAGGAUAACACAAAGUUCUACUUAGUGUCUUUAGAAGUAGAAUGCAACAUUCUACCUUUGUUGAACGCAGUUAAUUAAAAGAUAGUCUCCAAAUAAUUCAGGUAAUCUGUAGAGUCCACGAUUGUGUAGGAGUCUGGAAUUCCGCAUGUAAUGUACACAUCAUAUGAGGACAUUUAGCUAUUAUAUUAUGUCCGUUCCAUGUUCCAGAUGAGCACUCAGUAGGUUGUAACACUCAAUUAGUUACUUGUAUAGUUCUGUGACAUUGUGUUUUUCCUGAAUACAGUUUUAACACCUACUUAAAACUAUUUCCCAAAAGCAUUACUGUUUUAUAUCAUAUGACAUACUGUAUAAUGUGUUUGACACAGUGUGUAUGUACAUUAACUAUCAAAAAAUACCAUGGUAUUACCAUGUUUUUUGGACAUGUAAUACCAUGGUCUUUUUGGAAAAUGCAAAAAAUGGUAAUCAUUUUCAUAUCAUGUUAAUGAUCUGUCAUCAAUCAUCAAAUGGUUAUCAUUUAAUCAUACCAUGAUAUACGUCAAAGUACCAUUGUGUUAUUAAUUUGUUCAGUAAUUAAUACAUUUUAAAGCAAUUGCUGUAGCAGUAAUUGCCCCCUUGAUUUGGUUUUCAGUGGAAUUUUUAACUUUUGAGGGCAUAUUUUGUUCUCAACAUAUAUGUAUUGUUUUUAAAAUACUGUUUCAUUCUUUCAUUUGAAAUACUUCAGAUUAAUAAAUUAAUUCAUAGUACUCCAUUUGAAUAAUUCGAUUGAGAAUACAUUCCUUCUAGCUAUAAAAUUAAAUCAACCUUGACUCAUUUUAUGCCAAAAUAUGGAAGUCUGGACAAAGAAUAGAAUAUUCACAUCAAAUAUUACAAAUAAUUUUGUUUAUAAAAUUUGAAUAGAAUUUUGGGUACAUUGUUGUCACUUUUGGUUGCAUUUUUGCCCUGAGUCCCCUUAAUUUCUGACCCUGCUUUGUGUGUUUUGAUUUUAGAAAAGGUGGGUAAAUAUCUUGAACUAAUCUUAACUGUAAUAUUAUGUUAAAUAGAGUAUUGUAUUACAUUUUCUCAGUGUAAAUAUUUAAAUGUUAGGCCUACUAUUACUGUUGGAGCAUAUACUGCAUGUUUGUUUUACCAAAAGGUAACAGCAGAUUUGUUGUAGUUUGAUUGUUAAUAAAGGAAAUGUAAAAAAAAAAUAAAAAAUAAGAAUUGCUCUCAA